AUGGAGUCGAAGGUCUCCGAAGGCGGGCUGAAUGUGACCCUCACCAUCCGGCUGCUGAUGCACGGCAAGGAAGUUGGGAGCAUCAUUGGAAAGAAAGGAGAGACCGUGAAAAAGAUGCGUGAGGAGAGUGGAGCAAGAAUCAACAUCUCAGAGGGGAACUGCCCAGAGCGAAUUGUGACCAUCACAGGCCCCACUGAUGCCAUCUUCAAGGCUUUUGCCAUGAUCGCUUACAAAUUUGAGGAGGACAUAACCAACUCAAUGAGCAACAGCACUGCUACCAGUAAACCUCCGGUGACGCUGAGACUGGUCGUGCCAGCUAGCCAGUGUGGUUCACUGAUUGGCAAAGGAGGCUCCAAGAUCAAGGAAAUCAGGGAGUCCACAGGUGCUCAGGUUCAAGUGGCGGGGGACAUGCUGCCCAACUCCACGGAGCGGGCGGUGACAAUCUCGGGGACACCCGACGCAAUUAUCCAGUGUGUCAAACAGAUCUGUGUGGUGAUGCUGGAGUCCCCACCAAAAGGUGCCACCAUUCCCUACCGCCCAAAGCCCGCCUCCACCCCUGUCAUUUUUGCAGGUGGUCAGGCCUAUACAAUUCAGGGACAAUACGCUAUUCCACACCCGGAUCAGUUGACCAAGCUCCACCAGUUGGCUAUGCAGCAAACCCCCUUUACUCCCCUUGGACAGACCACCCCCGCUUUCCCUGGAGAAAAGCUGCCCUUACAUUCCUCCGAAGAAGCUCAAAAUCUGAUGGGCCAAUCAUCAGGUUUGGAUGCCAGUCCCCCGGCCAGUACUCAUGAACUCACCAUUCCCAAUGAUCUAAUAGGCUGCAUAAUUGGACGCCAAGGGACCAAAAUCAAUGAAAUUCGACAGAUGUCUGGAGCGCAGAUCAAAAUCGCCAAUGCCACGGAAGGAUCAUCGGAACGCCAAAUUACCAUCACAGGAACCCCUGCCAACAUCAGCCUCGCUCAAUACCUCAUCAACGCCAGGCUGACGUCUGAGGUCACUGGAAUGGGCGCACUCUAA